GACUGUCAGGCGCUUCAUCCUCGAAUCUUUCUCUCCCUCUUCUUUCCGUUAUUAUUCAUCACCGUUCACCAGUAGUAACAAAGAGAGGCUGCUCCCAGUUUCCUUUUCUUUUCUGGGCAACCCCGCUUUGGAUAUCAACUUAUAUACAACUACACUGUCGAUUGGAGUGAAUUACAUAUAUUACAAACAAAUAAAUCCCUCUUUAACAACAAUCAAAACCUUCAAAUUUUCAACUUACUCAACAAUAUUAAUAUUGAAGCUGCAAAAUCCGCAAUCUAUUGGAAAAAACUGUUGAUUGCUGAAGAACGAAGAAUAGGAACAAAAGGGAAGUAAUCAAUGGCCUUCUAAAUCUCAUUGCAAUUUCUGGGUAUUUUCUUAAUCGCAGAUUCAGGGUAGAAACUUGAGGAAUUAGACGAACCCUGGGAAUCAAAAAGCCCGAUUUCUCUUAAUCCCCUCUGCAAAUUUUUGCGCUUUCUUCUGUAAAUAUAGCUGAAAAUUUUCUCGCUUAAGGUUAGUGAAUUAGGGCUUUGUUUAAACUUUUAUUUGGUUUAAUCUUAUAGUUGGGCAAAUUUUUAUUUUCGUCACUUAGGGUUUUCUGGAUUUGAAUCAAAAUUUCCACCCUUUAGUUUUUAUUAAUUUUUGUUCACUUAACAGUGAAAUUAUCGGUUACACUGUGAUUCUGCCGGAUUUUUUGUCCAAUUUGGGUUUGAUUUAAGGUUCUUGGUUCAAAAAUUACAGUGACCCAGUGCAAAAUUUGUGGCUGGUUUGUUUUUUGGGGAAGUAUUUUGGUUUGUUUUGAGAAAUUGUGAAUUCAAUAGAGAAUUUGGGCUAUGGCUUCAUACCGGCCAUACCCUCCUCCGCCACAACAACCAUCAUUUGCACCUCCACAGCCUGCUCAAAACCCGCUUCCACCACCGCCCCCUCGACCCCAAUCUCAUGGGAGUCAGUAUACACAGAAUUGGGGUUCUGCACCUCCUUACCCUCAAAACUAUACACAAGUGCCCCCCAAUCAGAAUUUCCAACAAUCAGGAUAUAAUUCAGCUACUCACCAAUACCAACCACCCCCACCACCAUCCCAACAGCAAUCACAACAAUACCCUUUUCAGCCACCGCCGCCUCCACCUGAUUCAUCGUAUGCUCCUCCCCCACCGCCGCCUCCUUCCGGUGGUCAAAACUCGGGGAAUGUACAACAGUAUUACCCUUCUCAAUACUCUCAAUUCAGUCAACAACAGCCUCCUUUACAGCCAUUGCAACCACCCCCUCCUCCCCCACCCCCACCACCCUCUUCCCCGCCUCCCAGUUCAUCUGUUCCUCCACCACCACCCCCUUUGUCAUCACCCCCUCCACCACCUUCUCAGAAUAAAGAUAGUGGGGGAGAGAGAGGCAGGCGUGAGAGAGACAGAAGGGUUUCGAAAGAGGGAAAUCACCACAUAUCUUCAAGGCAGCAGAAGCCUCCAGUUCCUCCUGGUCCUUUGAAAAAAGCCAAUGGGGCUUCGAGGAGGGUUGAGACGGAAGAAGAAAGGAGGUCAAGGAAAAAGAGGGAAAUGGAGAAGCAAAAGCAAGAAGAGAGACAUAAACAGCACUUGAAAGAGGCCCAGAAUCGGCAGAAGCCGCCUCAGGUUUUGCCUUCUGCAGUGAAAGGCGGUAAUGUUUCGAUUUCAGGGUCUAGGAUUGGUGAGAAAAGGACUGCUCCAGUUUUAGGGGGCGACAGGGAUGAAAACCCGAUGAAGAGACAAACGGCAUUUAUGUGCAGGAUGAAGUUCCGAAAUGAAUUGCCUGAUCCAUCUGCCCAGCCAAAGCUUAUGUCUUUGAGAAGAGAGAAGGAUAGAUUUACUCGGUAUACUAUCACCUCAUUGGAGAAAAUGCAUAAACCAAAGUUAUAUGUAGAGCCUGAUCUUGGCAUUCCACUUGACCUCCUUGAUCUCAGUGUUUACAACCCUCCCAAAGAGAGGUAUCCUCUUGCUCCAGAAGACGAGGAGUUGCUACGUGAUGAUGAGCAAGUGACCCCAUUGAAGAAAGAUGGAAUUAAGAGAAAAGAGCGCCCCAGUGAUCAAGGUCUAUCUUGGCUUGUUAAGACGCAGUAUAUUUCUCCUCUUAGCAAUGAUGGGACCAAACAGUCCUUGACUGAAAAACAAGCAAAAGAACAGCGUGAAAUGAGAGAAGGGCGUAGCUUUCUGCAAAAUGUUAACAAUAGGGAAAGACAAAUUCAGGAAAUUCAAGCAUCAUUUGAGGCUUGCAAAUUACGCCCUGUACAUUCUACCAAUAAAAACUUGAAGCCUUUAGAGGUUCUACCAUUGCUGCCGUACUUUGAUCGUUUAGAAGAUCAGUUUGUUGUCGCCAGUUUUGAUGGAGAACCUACUGCUGACUCGGAGUUGUUCAGCAAAAUGCAUGAAUCUAUUCGCAAGGAUGUUGAAUCAAAGGCUGUAAUGAAAAGUUUUACUGCAGCAGGAUUUGAUCCGGAGAAUCCUGAACGAUUUUUGGGAUACAUGGUCCCGUCUACAGAUGAGCUAUCAAAAGACAUCUAUGAUGAAGAUGAGGAUGUCUCAUACUCCUGGGUCCGAGAAUAUAAUUGGGAUGUAAAAGGCGAAGACCCAGAUGAACUGUCAACAUACUUGGUGUCAUUUGACGAAGAUGCUGCUCGCUACUUGCCUCUUCCAACAAAACUUGUACUAAGAAAAAGGAGAGCGCAAGAAGGAAGGUCGUCCAGGGAAGAUGGAGAGCAAUUUGUUCAGCCAGGCAAGCUUACUGUCAGAAGAAGGGAAACCACCUCUGUCAUCGAGAGGAAAGAAACAGUGAAUGAUUCCUACUAUAGAUCAGAAUCAGGUCCAUCGAGAUCAAGCAGGCCGGAAUCUGAUAUUGAAGAAGAGGAUCAACAACAUAUGGAUGACCAGGAUGCUGAGGAUGAUCAAAUAGGUCGUUAUAGUGGAGGAGAAGACUAUAUGUCUGAUUGACGAAUGACAUUAACGUAAAUGUUGAACCAAAGUAUCCAAGAACAAACUUUUCUAAUAGCUAAUUUCUAAGAUUUUUGGUAGUCCAUUUUUUUCUUUGAUUUUUGUAGUGCAUUCUUUUUUCUUUUCCUUUUUUCUUUUCACUUUCUCGGAAGAUUAGAUCACAGUAGCUUCAACAAUAGUGGGAGUCCAAGGGUUGGAGUACCGCUGAAAGCAGGGUAGAUAGUAGAGAACAUUUAUGUAUUUAACAUUUCAAAAAUAUAGUUAAUCAGAACGAUUCAAAUA